GCCAGCGGCUGCCGCCGCGCCCCCGGAAGAGCUUUCUGAGCCGUAGCGGAAGUGGGGCGGUGCACGGUCUCUUUGGUGCUACCGGCCAGGGAAGAUGACUAAGGGUACAUCCUCAUUUGGUAAGCGUCGGAAUAAGACACACACCCUGUGUCGACGAUGCGGGUCCAAAGCAUACCAUCUGCAGAAAUCAACCUGUGGGAAAUGUGGUUACCCUGCUAAGCGCAAGAGAAAGUAUAACUGGAGUGCAAAGGCCAAAAGACGCAACACCACUGGUACUGGUCGCAUGAGACACCUGAAGAAGGUCUAUCGUCGAUUCAGGAAUGGAUUCCGUGAGGGAACCACACCAAAGCCCAAGAGAGCAGCUGUUGCAGCCUCCAGUUCAUCUUAAAAGACUCAUCGAUUUGAUAAAAUAAAUGGUCUUCUGCAGAAAA